AUGAAGGUCCUCUGUCUCCACGGAAAAGGCACCAGUGGCGCCAUUUUCAAAUCUCAAACCUCCUCAUUCCGCGCCCAACUUAAACAAAAGGAUAUUCAAUUCGACUUCAUAGAUGGCCCUUAUAAAUCAGAGCCCGCUGCAGGGGUAGACAUGUUCUACCCACCCCCCUACUAUGGAUUCUGGGAGCGGGGCUCCGUGGACGACAUCCGGACAGCCUGCGUCUGGCUCCGCGAAUACAUCAGCACGCACGGACCCUACGACGCCGUAAUGGGAUUUUCGCAGGGAACCGUCCUAGCCUCGGCAUACCUACUAUUCCAUGAGGAGGAGACACCGUAUCUCCCGGUGCCGUUCCAGGUUGCGAUCUUUCACUGCGGCGGUGUCGCUUUGCAGGUGUUGCAGGAGCUUGGAUUUAAUAUUACGCCGGCCAUGCAUGACCGGGAUCUUGCGUCGCGGAUGGCACUGGCUAGCUCCGCCAGUGUCGAGGCGAUCUUGAGGAUGGGGACGAAUCGGUGGCAGGGUGAUAAUUCUGGGGGAGGUUUAACUGAGGAGGCUAUCAGGAAGGAAGUCAAGGGGCCGGUUCAGAUUUCGAUUCCAACUAUUCACGUUUAUGGCACAAAGGAUCCAAGAUAUACAGCUGGCGUGCAGUUGUCUGGUGUUUGUGAUCCCGAGAAGCGUCGGUGCUACAACCAUGGGGGCGGGCAUGAAAUCCCGCGGCAGUCAGUUGUUACUAAUGCGCUCGUGGAGCUUUUUGAGUGGGCUGUGGAGCAAGUCCGUGAAGUGUGA